ACUAGCUACAGAGUUGCCUCUAGGAAUUAGCCAGAACAAAAUCCCGAUUAAACAACUAAUUGGCUUGUCUACUAAUGAAAGGAAAAACAAAGUGCAUUUCUCUACCUCAAGACAGAGUCAUAAAAACAGAAGCUUUCAGAACCAUCUCAGAGAAGAUGUUUAAAUCUCUAAUGAUAAAAUCCAACAAGGUGAAGCCUAAAGAGGAGAACAAUGAGAGUAAACAAGGUCCUGAUCCAAGCAAUCAGCCUCAACAAUCCACAAGACAGGGUCAAAACAAAAAUGAAAAGAAAUCUCUCCAAACCAAGAUGACUCCAGUCACAUUUGAAGAGUCACACACCAAAAUACAAGAUAAAAUCUCUGAGAAAAAUUCACUCAAAGAUCUGACCACAACCCCUGACCAUCAAAAUCCAACAGAAUCAAAGGGAACGAUGCCAGAGCAAAAGGAAAUGGAAACUGGGAAAGAAGGUCUAGUCAGCAAACCACAUGAAGCCCCUGUUAUAAAUGAGUAUGCUGAUGCCCAGCUACACAACUUGGUGAGAAGGAUGCGUCAAAGAACAAUCCUCUACAAGAAAAAGUUGGCAGAAGGAGAUAUAUCCUCACCUGAAGCCAGCCCCCAAACUGCAAAGCCCACAGCUGUACCAUCAACACAAGAAAGCAGUGCUAAGCUAAAAGAAGAACACUACUAUCACAUAUUGUGUUUUAAAUUCCAGAAGAUGCCUCUGACAGAGUAUCUAAAGCAAAUUAGACUUCCAAGAAGCAUAGAUUCAUACACAGAUCGACUCUAUCUCCUGUGGCUCUUGCUUGUCACCAUUGCCUAUAACUGGAACUGCUGGCUUAUACCACUGCGCCUUGUCUUUCCGUAUCAAACACCAGACAACACACGCUACUGGUUUAUUACAGACAUCAUAUGUGAUAUCAUCUACCUUUGUGAUAUGCUAUUAAUCCAGCCCAGACUCCAGUUUAUAAAAGGAGGAAACAUAAUAGUGGAUUCAAAUGAGUUAAAGACACACUACAGGAGUUCUACAAAAUUUCAGCUGGAUGUUGCAUCAAUAAUGCCAUUUGAUGUUUUCUACGUCUUCUUUGGGUUUAAUCCAAUAUUUAGGGCAAAUAGGAUAUUAAAGUACACUUCAUUUUUCGAGUUUAAUCAUCACCUAGAGUCUAUAAUGGACAAGGCAUAUAUCUACAGAGUCAUUCGAACAACUGGAUACUUGCUGUUUACUCUGCACAUUAAUGCCUGUAUUUAUUACUGGGCUUCAGACUAUGAAGGAAUUGGAACUACUAAAUGGGUGUAUGAUGGUGAAGGAAACAAGUACCUGAGAUGCUAUUACUGGGCCGUUCGAACUUUAAUUACUAUUGGGGGCCUUCCAGAACCACAAACAUCAUUUGAAAUUGUUUUUCAACUGGUGAAUUUUUUUUCUGGAGUUUUUGUGUUCUCCAGCUUAAUUGGUCAGAUGCAAGAUGUAAUUGGAGCAGCUACAGCCAAUCAGAGCAACUUCCGAAACAGCAUGGAUCAUACCAUUUCCUACAUGAAUACUUAUUCCAUUCCUAAGAGUGUGCAGAAGCGGGUUCGGACUUGGUAUGAAUAUACAUGGGAUUCUCAAAGAAUGCUAGAUGAGUCAGAUCUGAUCAGUACACUGCCUGUCACCAUGCAGUUAGCCCUCACCGUGGAUAUGAACCUCAGCAUCAUCAGCAAAGUCGACUUGUUCAAGGGUUGUGAUACACAAAUGAUAUAUGACAUGUUGCUAAGAUUGAAAUCCACUGUUUAUUUACCUGGUGACUUUGUCUGCAAAAAGGGAGAAAUUGGCAAGGAAAUGUAUAUCAUCAAGCAAGGAGAAGUCCAAGUUCUUGGAGGCUCUGAUGGUGCUCAAGUUCUGGUUACUCUGAAAGCUGGAGCAGUGUUUGGAGAAAUCAGCCUUCUAGCAGCAAGAGGAGGAAACCGUCGAACUGCCAAUGUGAUAGCCCAUGGGUUUGCCAAUCUUUUAACUCUGGACAAAAAGACCCUCCAAGAAAUUCUAGUGCAUUAUCCAGAUUCUGAAAAGCUCCUCAUGAAGAAAGCCAGUGUGCUUCUAAAGAAGAAGGCUCCAGGCACAGAGGAAUCCCCUCCAAGAAAAGGACUUGUUUUUCUCUUCCAACCAAAACAAAAGACACCCAAAAUGUUUAAAGCUCUCCUGGGAGGCACAGGAAAAGCAGGUCUUACAAGACUACUCAAAAUGAAGAGGGAACAAACCAUCCAGGAAAAAAGUGAAAACUCCAAAGAAGGAGAGAGUAAAGGAAGAGAAUAUGAAGAUAAACGAAGAGAACCAGUAGAGAAAACACAGGACAGCUCCGAAUGUAGAGCAAAUUCUGUUACAGCAGAGGAAAUGCCCCAGUCAAUUAGAAGGGCAGCUUUACCCAGAGGAACUACUCGUCAAUCACUUAUCAUCAGUAUGGCUCCUUCUACAGAGGCUGGGGAAGAAGUUCUGAUGAUUGAAGUUAAAGAAAAGGCUAAACAAUAAGUGUUUGAUUAUCUUUAGAUGUAAUCUAGCUAAUUCCCAAAGAGAUUGUACCCAGGAUUGUAGCUUAAAUUAAUGAGGGGAAAAGACCUUGCCAGGACCCCUGAGAAUCCAUAGACAAAUCCCUGGCUUAGUUUCUAGAACUUAUGUGAGAGUGUGAUCUUAUGCAGUAGUAAUAAGAAGAUUAUUUCAAAACCAUCCCUAUUCUCCAUUGUCAUUAGCUUUGUGCAAUUGGUAUUUCUCCUAAUUUUAUGUAGUAAGGUUUUUUUCUCUUCCAUUCUUUCUUGAUGAUGUUUCUUCCUCCAUUUUGAUUAGCUUGGGAUUGGCCCUGAAGUGAUUCACUUACCUUUUCUCUUCAGUGUGUGUGUGUGUGUGUGUGUGUGUGUGUGUGUGUGUGUGUGUGAAAGUCUUGCAUGGUACUGUUAUUUCUCACUUGUAGGGGAUUAUGAGAUUUCAAUAAAAUGUCGAAAAUAAAACAUCAGGUGAUUUCCAUUCAAGCAAGGAUGAUGAGUCAUUCAAAUAUCAUAUCAAUCCAGCAGUUGGAAUUGAAGGGAAGCAGAGAUAACGGAGUCUGUGGAUGUGAAAUCUGACUUGCAGAAAAGUCCCCUGAGGAGCAAUAUUGGUCAGUAGUACUAACAAACCCUCAGGGAAAUAUCAUAUUGUAGCGACAUGUUGGAAAACUCAUUCCCUUUGCUAAAGAAACAAACUUGAAUGUUUUCCCUCAUACCAACUUAAAAGGCAACAGUCUGCCUAACUCAUCUGGCUCCACAGACUCAGACUGGAGGAAUCCAAUCAUCCCCAUCUUCAGGUAGGCUAAAGUGAUGUUUCUCAGAAUCUUCCUCAAGUGUUUGCUUCUAAAGGUGCCAGAUCUCGAGGCGCCUGGGUGGCUCAGUCGGUUGAGCGUCUGACUUCGGCUCAGGUCAUGAUCUCACGGUCCGUGAGUUUGAGCCCCGCAUCGGGCUCUGUGCUGACAGCUCAGAGCCUGGAGCCUGCUUCAGAUUCUGUGUCUCCCUCUCUCUCUGACCCUCCCCCGUUCAUGCUUUGUCUCUCUCUGUCUCAAAAAUGAACAUUAAAAAAAUUUAAAAAAAAAAAUAAAGGUGCCAGAUCUCAA